AAUAAUCGAAAAAUAAUGAAUUUUGAGAAAUUCAUUUGUUUAAAUAAUAUAUUAUCGCUAGACAAAUUGUUUUGUCAAUUUGUCGAUGAAUUGGAUUCAUGGUGGCUAGAUGUGACUGAUCUAUCAUAUGAACCCACAAGAAUUCAUUCAUCCACAAAUAAACAUACAAUCAUAAUUGAUGAUGAAGAAGUUGUUCAAUUUUCCAUCCCGGCCAGCAACAAUUGGAAUGAUGCAUUAAUUCUGGCCUGCCUAAUAAAUAUGGAAACAAAACGGACGUUGUCAAAUAUUUUUGAUCACAUCACUAUAUUAAUGUGUGUACUGAAAUUUAAUUUUAUUGACAAAAAGUCAUUGAAAAAAAAACUAAAAGAACUGGUCAUAAAAAAUUAUCUUAUAAUUUUAUUUGAUAAUACACACAAAAUUUACAAUUUGAAUAUUGAACAUAUCUGGAAUGAAAUUAAUAAAAAUAUACACACAAAUAAAUAUGUCAAUGAAAUAUUGGCAAUACGACGAGAUACAUACUACACAACAGCCGUAUUCUACGAUCUGCCAUCCAUUUUCAAUCCUAAACCAAAAAUAAAUAUCCAAAAUCAAAUUAAUAAAAAUAAUAUAUUUAACAGCUUUCAAAAAAAAAUUAUAUUCAUACAACAAUUCAUCGACAGCAUAUUAACCACACAUUUCACACAAAUCACAACCAACAAUAUAGAAGAGAAUUACGUCAACGAAGUAAAACAUUAUAAAAACAAUUUAAAAAAUCUGCUGCAGGUUUUGCCGAAAAAAAAAAAUAUAACAUCUCAUACGACAGAAGAAAUCCUAGAAUUAAUCAAAAACAACCAAAUAAUAGAAUCGAUACAUUACAGGCCUCCACAGACGCCAAUAGUAAUAACAAAAUUCUCUGAGUCCAAACUAAAAUAUUAUUCUGAAUGUUCAAACAUAAAAAAAUUUAAGGAUUUAUACUAUCCAAAAUAAAAUAUAAUAUUUAAUACUAAACAAAUAAACUUUAUUAGUUAUAUAGAUAUUUGCAUUACCUGUUUCAGCUCCAAUCUUAUUACAGUUCUCUGACGGUUGGUCCUGUAGGUUUUCAUCUGGUGGCGGCAGAGAUUGCUCGUCUAAGGUAGUAUCGCUCAACAUACUUUCUGGUGCAUCUAUGACAAAUAAAAAAACAACUUAAUUUAAUAUAAUUAAUCCAUGUAUAAAACAUGCAUUACUCACUCUGAGCAUUGACAACCAUAUUGUGAUUACAGUUCUCUGACGGUUGGUCCUGUAGGUUAUGAUGUGGUGGCGGCGGUGAUUGCUCGUCUAAAACAGGCAUUACUCCGUCACAAAAACUACAAUUCUCGUACCACCUUUAUAAAUAGUAUAUCUAUCGAUUGGUAUACCAUUUAUAUAUUCCAAUUACUUCAGUUGACAUAAAAAGCUGAAAAAGACUUGAUGUAUAACACAAUCAGUAAGAAAGUAUUCAAAAAGUACCAAGCAAUUUUCAACAAACAAAAUCGUUCUACUUUAAGUGCAGAUAUCAUAAAAAGUCAUCUUGGUCGUUAUCUCACCACGCCUAAUGCCACAAGAUGGAAUUCAUAUUAUGAUGCUGUAAAAUGCAUUGUUGCAAAUAUUGAUAAGAUUGAAAAUGUGUGUAAUGAUUUACAACUGCCUACCAUUUCAGGACCUCGGGAAGUCUCAUUCUUACAAGAAUACUUCGAUAAAUUUUAUGCAUAAAUGUAUUCAUGAGAUGUAUGGAGUCAAAGAUGUACAAGUGGCUGCUUGUAUGGUUCCAAAAUUCAAACUUAAUUGGACUGUAGAAGAUAAUCUGAACGACAUCAAACACAUCAGUAACUACUCCCAACACAACAUCUACAGAAUGUCAUAAUAGUGACUUUGAAGAUGAUUCUUUAAAUUUUAAGAAAAUAAUGUUUUGGAAUCAAAUGAUCAUAUACUUCUUGUUGACAAUUAUUUGUCUAACACAAAUAUUAAAUUUCCUUCAGAAUUACCAAAUUUUUAAAUGAUUGAGUGAUAUUUAUUUUAUCAAUUAUAAAUGUUUCAAUACAGUACCUAAGCACACUCACACUAAAAUUUAAAUUUAAAUGAACCCAGAGUGAAAUAUAGAGUUCUAAAAUGAUAUGUAAUCUUUAUGCAUAGGUAUAUUAGUAUCCAAGUGAUGAGCACAUCUUAUUAGUCAUUUUAAUUUGUUUACUUUUAACUUAAUUGAAAAAAAGUACUUAACUUAACUAUUAUAAUGAGUUAAAAAAUAUUAUUAA